GGUAGAAAGGGGUAACAGUUUGGUCCAUACGGUGGAAACAACAUUAAAUAUUAAAUCAAUUACAUAAUAUAGCGCUAACAGUAACAACUCUGCACACACAAUAAGUUCUUAGUACUGUAUUGAACCAAACAAUGCGCUCAUUAAACGUGACGAUGUGUACGUGGAUAGGCACGAUAUUAAAUCACUGUAAUAAACUGUUGCUAACAUAUUUCUUUCGGUCCAGGUUUAAAUAAGCCUAUUUAUUUAUUGAUUUUUUUUCUUCUAACGUUACUCUGGUGUAACGUUAGUGCUGCAUUAUGACCGUUCUAAUUAAAACCUUGGCUAUUAUUUUGAUAGGCUGUAUUUAAUAUAACUUCCGGGUCACGUGACCAACCUGUCUUUCUUUUCAUGUAGAUCUUCAAACGGAGAAAUGAAAAAAGGAAUUUCCAAAAACCAAAAUCGGACUGUUAUUUGAAUUUGGUUUAGUCGUUUUUCGUUUUUGGAUUCAGAAACCAAAAGCGGAAGAACGGCUCUCUUUUUACCGGUUUUUGUUUUUUUUGUUUGAAACGACAAACGAAAAACACGUGAUUUCUCGUUACUUCGUUUUUUGGUUUAAACGAAAAAACAAACUAUCAAAACGUACACGGACCGUGAAACUCCAGACAUACUGACAGUGUUGCUGAGGAGCAUGGCUAAGCGUGUUGCUGUGAUUGGAGCAGGCAAUGCUGGACUUGUCUCCAUCAAAUGUUGCUUGGAUGAAGGUCUGGAGCCGGUGUGUUUUGAAAGCAGUGAUGAAAUCGGUGGACUCUGGAGAUUUAAGGAGACACAUGAGGCAGAACGCACCAGCAUUUAUCGUUCUCUAGUAGCGAACACCUCUAAAGAGAUGAUGUGCUUCAGUGAUUUCCCGAUGCCGGAUCAUUUCCCGAACUACAUGCACAACUCCCUGCUCCUGCAGUACUUAAGACUGUACGCUGAACACUUCGACCUGCUCAAACAUAUUCAAUUAAAGACUACAGUAAGCAGUGUGAGACAGAGGCCGGAUUUCUCUACCUCUGGUCAGUGGGAUGUGGUGACCAUGGACAGAGAUGGACGAGAGGAGAAACACGUGUUUGAUGGUGUUCUAGUGUGUACAGGACAAUACACACAACCUAACAAACCCCUCUCUGACUUUAAAGGUGUUGAUACAUUCCCAGGAAUAAUUCUCCACAGCUGGGAUUAUAGGGAUCCUGAUCUUUACCAUCGAAAGAGAGUUGUGAUUGUUGGGAUUGGAAAUUCAGGAGUAGACAUUGCUGUGGAGCUCAGCAGAGUUUGUGAGAAGGUGUUUCUGAGUACCCGUACAGGGGCAUGGGUCAUAGGUCGCUUGUCAAAUAGAGGGCACCCUAUGGAUUUGGUGCUGGUUAAGCGACACUUGGAUCUGAUGGUUCGCCUUCUGCCUCAAAGUUUGUUGAACUGGAUUGGAGAGAGAAUGCUCAAUCAGAAACAUGACCACAAGUUUUAUGGACUACAGCCGAAACACAGAUUUUUUGACCAGCGUCCCAUUGUCAGCGAUGAGCUCCCUGGUCGCAUUUUGAUGGGAGCCCUGGUGAUGAAACCAAAUCUGCAAAAAAUUCAAGACUCAACAGUCGUAUUUGAUGAUGGGACGGCUGAAGAGAAGAUCGAUGCUGUGAUCUUGUGUACAGGAUAUAAUUACGCAUUCCCCUUCCUCCCCACCUCCUUAAACUCUGGUCCUGAUGGAGAACUGACACUCUACAAAAGAAUCUUUCCCCCAUCUCUAGAGCGUCCGACAUUGGCCAUCAUGGGGCUGUUCCAGUCCAAAGGGCCGAUCAUGCCAGCUGUCGAACUGCAGGCACGCUGGGCCACCCGAGUCAUCGCAGGGUUAAACCAUCUUCCUUCAAACCGAAAAAUGCAUGAAAUUAUUGAAAAGGAACGCAAAGCAAAUUUAAAAUGUUACGCUUCUCCCAAGGAGGCUGUCCUUCAAGUGAAUUAUAUUCCUUAUCUAGAUGCCAUGGCAAAGGAAGUGGGUGUCCGGCCCAACAUAGUUUGGUUACUUCUCAGUGACCCUGCUUUGGGUUUGAGGGUUCUUUUUGGUCCCUGUACGCCCUACCAGUUUCGUCUACGUGGACCAGGACAUUGGAGCGGUGCUCGUCAGGCUAUCCUUACAGUAUGGGAGCGUGUGGCCAAACCCAUGAAGACACGCCCCAUUCCAGACCCAAAAUCCAGCAGUUUGUUAUAUUGGAUGGGCCUUGCAGGAGGUGCUGCAGUAAUUGUGAUCAUUAUGGUAAAACAAAAGAAAAUUCCACUUUUUUGAGAAUCAAUUACAUUGAGACAGCCUUAUUUGGACAAAAGUAAGAAAUUAGGGUAACACUUUACAAUAAAGUUGUAUAAGUAAACAUGAACAAAGCUUAAUAAAUGCUGUAGAAGUAUUGUUCAUUGUUGGUUUAUGUUAGCUAAUGCAUUAAUUGUUAAGAAAUACUACCUUUAAUUUUGACAUACGCCACAAAAAGGGGAUAGAAAAUGUUAUCGCUGAUGCACUUUCUUGGGUGUUUUUAAAAAAAAAAGUGUUCAUGUGUUUUUUUGUCAAAAUUGGGAUUUUGACUUUUAUGGGUUGGGGGUGUUAUGAUGAGACGUAUUGGAUAUGGCGUCUCUCUCUCCCACAGGUUGCACCUCCCUAAUUGAACGUCUCGGUGCGUGCCCUUUGGUUGGUCAAACUGGAAUUGCUCAUCUUUUAAAAAAACAGGAAGAGACGUGGAACCCCAGAGAGAGAGAGAGAAUGUGGAAUGUUUUUCAUUCAUUGCGCUGUUUAUUGAAACUGUUGUUAAAAAGAGGUUUAAAUCUGUGAAGUAACUUUUAUAAAUAUGGUUAUUUAUCUUUUUUCCCCCUGGUUAGUUUUUUCCUUUAUCUCCUUAUCUUGUAAAGUUUUCGGUAAACAUAUUUUUUUCUUUAACACUCAAUGUGUCUGAGUG